CCCAUUUUGUUUACGGAUAAACCUUUGGAAAUGAGUAUUCUUGUAUAGUAAGCACUGAAAAUAUUAAGUGCUUCACAAGAAGAAAACAUGAACACCCUUAUAACCUUUCAUCAUCAACAACCCAUUUCCAUUACAAAACCAUCUUUAUUUGAUCAAAAAACACAACCAUUCCACCACCCUACAACAUUAAACAACCACCUUCCACUUUCAAAAACCUCUUGCAAACUUCAUGCUCAAGCCAAAGGAUUUGGCAAAACUUCCACACAGAAAAAGAACAAUGCACCUAAAUCGGGUUCAACACCAGAAGAAGAAGAUGAAGAUGACAAAAUCCCAACGAUAGUUUUCGAUAGGAUGAUAAGAAGGAUUGUGACUUCAGUAGGCGUGCCAAUGGCAACCGGGGUAGUGUUGCUAAAACUCUUUGAUGCAUUGAAGGAAAAACAGUUAUGGGAUGUUCCUCUUUGGGUUACAUUUAUAACAACAUUUGUGUUCUUUGGAAGUUCAGUUCUUGGGGUUGCUUAUGGUUCUUUGUCUACUAGUUGGGAUGCUGAGAAGAGUGGUUCUGUUCUUGGUUUUGAAGAAGCUAAGCAGAAUUGGGAUGAGAUGUGGAAAGAGGAUGAAAAAAAUAAGGAUUGAUUAUGAUUGGUUUUUUUUUUUUUUCCGGUAAGUAAGAAGGACUUUACUGAACCAACACUUAUCUCAGGUUAAUCAGUUCAACUACUCAUGUCUAUGCUUGAGCCACUCCUAAACAUUUCGCAGAUUGGGGGUUCGACCUUGUUGAGUUUUCGACCAACUCCACAAACUUGUGUCCGGUUAUUAUUAUUAUAGAAUUAUGUUACAAAGUUAUUAUGUUGUAUUUGAAUACAUGUAUGAUGGAUGGAUGGUAGACUAAGUUAUAAGCUUGAGAAAUGUUUUUCUUAGACAACUGUAUACAUUGAACUAACUGAAGUUUUUUAUAGAAAAAAUAAGGAAAUAAUAAACUCUCUC